AUGGACGGCGGCGCGAGCUUAGGGCUCGGCUCGCAGCUCUUCCUUCUCACCCUGCUGGCGUCUUCCGUGUCUCCCGUCCGCUGUGUUACCCUCGCCAACUCCCAAGGUUCCUCUUGUGGACUUGCACGAGGAGGGGUGAUCGAUCCAAUCACCCUCUCACCGCUCCCCUCGUCUACUCCUCCCUGCCACCUCCCUCCGUCUACGCCUCCCUCCACCUCCCUCCGUCUACCCCUCCCUCCACCUCCCUCCGUCUACCUCUCCCUCCCACCUCUGCCCCCAGCGCAAGCUCUUCUGAACUUGCAGAAGGAGGUGGGGCGCACUUUCAGCGGGUGGAAGGUGGGCGGCAACUGUAGCGCUAUUCAGCGGCUCACCUGUGACGUGCAGGGCAUGGUGACUGCCAUGUGA